AUGAGUAUUAAUAGAAAACCGAUACCCACGGGGCCGCCGCCUCCAUAUUGUGAGAAUGGGUUCAAUGAGACGCAUCCUCGCCACGACGACGAUGGCUUUGAGCAAGAGCAACAGCAACAGCAACAGCAGCCUUUGAGAGAAGAUGGGAGACAAAGAAGAUGGGAUGGGGAGAUGUGGCGUCAACCGCUGAGCCAGUUGGAAAAUUGGAGUCAAUCACAGUUGGAAAAUUGGAAUCAACGGCAGGCUGCGAAUAAUAAUCGACCGGUUCCCGUGGCAUUCACAGAACUCCCUGAGAACCAGCCAUUCCCUCAACGACCUGUUCCUGUUCCAGCUCAAAACCCACAAUCUUUUCCCAACUCGCCGAAUGGAUCUUCGGGGUCUUUCCCACAACAACCAACUGGUGAACCUUCGUAUCGAUAUCUGUCUUUUCCUAAAUCCCCGGCUCAGAAUAAAUUCUCUCCUACGACGGAUCAUCAUCAACCUUCUCCAACAACGGAACAAUAUCAUUACGCGAGUAGUGAAGCGCGUAGUCCCUCGUUACAGCCGCCAUCACGAGAUCACGAAGUUACACAGCAACCGUCGGCUACCCACCAAUCAUCUACGCCUCCUUUGACGGAAUCACGAAUUCGGGAUUCUGAUUCGUCGGUUUCAACUCAGUUUAAGGUCCAACGAAAACCGCUACGCUCUUAUAAGAGUUCUCCUGCGGUGAAUACUCUGGCUCAACAGGGCGGUGCAGUGUCAGCGGAUACUCAAAGAGCUUGGGAUGUCCAGGCUGAGAAGUUGAUCAGAAAUAAUACUUUCAACGUAACUCCUCUUCCUCAACGAGUACCUGUGGAUUCGCAAGGGAAGCAACAGUUUCAAAGAAACGAUCAAUCGUACCCAAUUCAAGAACUCGAACGGCCAGACCUAUCGGUGAAAACUUCUAUCCCCUCACGAAUGAUGGAUUCAAAUCCGUAUCUUAGUCCCUCCACAGCAGGUGGUUCAAAUCUCUCAGUUUCCGCCCCAAACACCAGACCCUCAACAGCAUCCUCCUCGGUUAACUUUGGCGAAUCAACAAACUCCCUAUCCACCACCAUCACAUCCACCGACGCCACCAUCACAGAAACAAGCUCCACAACCAAAACCAAAUUCAACCCCGGCGCCGCAGUUCAAGAUGCUUUCCGAGAAGCUCGUCACUUCGCAGGUGGUCUAAUUCACCAUCCCGCUACAAGCACCAAACACUUUAGCAUCCUCCGUCACUCCCACGGUCUGGUAUUUUACCAAGGACCCAACACUUCACUAACCAUCUCUCUCUUCGCCUCGGAGCCUAUGCCCGAGACUCGAAGGAUCUAUCUCCAACCCAAAGGCUGGUCCGGUGGCACAGGCAUGCGUAUCAAACAAUUCGUCGGCGCAAGAAAGAACUGGCUCGACGUCACACCCAACCUCUGCAUCUCGGCCGAGCAACUGAAUCCCCGCGAUGAACGGGCAUGGCAGCGUGACAUCAAGAGCUUCAACAAGCGACGCGAGAAGACGAAGAAAAUCCAGAAACAUUUCCUGCGUGAGACGACGGUGAUUCGCAUCCCCAGCGACGCCGGCGAUGGUUAUUUCCAACUCAUCCUCUGUCUGGACGGGGUCAAACAGAAGGUUCUCUGUACGAGUCCUACCUUCCGUCUCCUUUCUCUAUCUACGAGUCCUAGUUCCAUGAGGGGUGCGAGUUUGUCGACUAUACCGAUGGAAAUGGGAAUCAAAGCCGUAGAGAUUUACGCGGCGAAGGUAGCGGGACCUGCGGCGAUGUUGGCGCAGAGUAAGAUAUUGAAUAAGGCGACGAAAGCGAGUGAGAAGUUUGGGGUGUUGAAUAAGGCGAGUAAGGUGCAGGAGAAGGUGGAGAAGGUGGGCAAGCAUGUUCCCAAGGGGUUUUUGGAGAAGGCUGCUGAGAUGGUGGAGGGGGCUAGUGGGGCGGAUGAUGCGAAGGUAUUUCUUCUUGAUUUUCUUUCUGUUUUCUUUCCCUCCCAUGCAAAAUAUGAAAAGGAAAGGAAAAGGAAAAGGAUGAAUACUAACAUACCAACCAGCCCAAAGACGGAGCCUACCUUCUCCUAGGCGGCGAAGACAUCUCCCUAACCCACGGUCCCCUCCCCCCCUACCCCAUCCACCUAACCGGGCAAUCCUCCACCGCAUUCCACCUCCCACCCCCCUCCUCUUCCUCUUCCUCUGACGACUACGACCCCCUCCCCCUUCCUCUACCCCUCAUAACCCUCACCCACACCCCCAGCACCCCAACCACCAAACUCUACGGGCACUACUUCGGCUGGACCCGCUACCAGCCCACCAAACACCAACUCGGCACCAUCGACGACGAGUGGCACUGUUCCGUGAUUUCAGUGUUAGCUCCGACCGCGACGCAGCUGCAGCGCGCGGAUUUCAAGAGCGUGAAUAAGAAAGUGUGUACAGUAAGGAUUGUGGAUGAGGUGGAUACGGAUUUGCCGGUCGAUGUCAAGGUGGAGGUUUAUGUCAUGGGAAUUUUGGCGGCGGAUGAGGCGCUUGUAGGCUCGGAGACGAACACGCCGACUGUGUUGACCUCCUCUGAUUCAUUUCCGUUUUAUGGUGAUGAGAAGGCGGGG